AUGGAUGGACACGAGAUUGACUGUCUGAAUGACAUAAAUUCUAAAUAUGCGACUUUGGAGGUGCAAUUGGACCAAACUUUGUCAAAAAUCAAAGAAAAAGAAGAAAAUUUCAUUAAAAAAUACGAAAAAGCAAUCACUGGACGAGCUUCGAAAAACAACGAUGGAGCUAUGGACGAAUGUUUAACACUCCAAGAAGCCAGAAAACGAAAUUUGGAAAUACUCAAAAACUUGGAUAUGUUUAAGGCUCGUUUUCGAUCGCGAGCACUUUACAGUCCCGUUCAAACGCAAUUAGACAAACUCAAAAUAUUGUAUAAAGAGAAGAUGGAACAGGAAAGUAGUUCUGCUUCGUCAAGCAUUCCAACGAGCAUUAAGAAAACUUAUGGACCAACUUUUGUGUGA